GUUCGACGCAGGGCACCAGCAAGACAUGGUGGAGCUCAAUUUCUACAUAUUGUAAUGGCGGCGCUGGGAAAGCGAGAGCUUCGCUGGUGGAAGCUGUGACUGCAGGUGCGCAGAGUUUAUUGCUUUUUGAUUUCAUUUUCUUGCGUUCUUUUUUGUAAGACGCAGUCCGCAGCACAAUAUGAGCAGUUUCUUUUCCGUGUAGCUUACUGCUCUUUCCAUUAGUGCUGGACUUUUCUCCUAAACUAUAGCACCUCUGCAGUGUGCAAUCCAGUACACAUCAUCAAUAUGUGAAAAGACUUACGUCGCAUCUAUCUCUCCGCCCCACCCAACUCCAGAUGAAACUGCGUGCGUAAUGGAGGUGGACGACGGAAGCGAGGCCGUCAAUUUGAGACGUCUUUUUGGUCGGGAUGGGAAACCGAUGACGAGUGAGGAUAUUCAAAGGCCUAGCAGAAAAGGGAGCAGCAAGUUGUGCAGCAUCACUGACGGAUCUGGUCAACAGCCGAGCAUCAGGGCGAGGGUCUCGGGAAAAGCAAGGGAAGUAGACUCGUCUCAGAUGUCCAUAACCGACGACGAUGCAGCAGGACUCGCUGGGGGAAGUGAGAGCAUUAGCGCAAAGCAUGCAAUGAAAACAAGAAUGAAACAGAUGAAGAAGAAGUCAGCAGCUCCUAGUGCAGCAACUUCUUCUGGUAAAAAUAGCAAGCGCGGGAGUUCGAGACAAGCGUCGAGUUCCAGCCUUCGUCUAGAGGAGGCUGGCUCCUUGUUUGCGGAUGAAGAGGAAGUGCGGCAGGUGCAGAAAGUAGAUGAAGGGGAGACGUCCGAGCAUGACUUUCGAGGCAUCAAGAUGCUUAUCAGAGAAGCUAUGGCGUCCUUGUCCUUUCUAGUACAUCCGGCAGCAGAAGUCCCUUUUUUGAACUUCAUCCUUCUAGGCAGACUUCCGCAUGAUCUCGAAGGAUUCAUCUGGGAGAAGGUAUCUACGUGGUCCCUGCAGAAUACUUCAGACGAGUGGAAGAAGCGAAGAAUUCAGUACCGACGGACCUGGUCGAGAAUCCAGAGAGACACUUGGUGGUGGGGACAGAAUGAAGGCGAUGAUGACCUACAGAAAAAGAAUAACGCUACACGUCGCGCGUAUGUAGAGGCUGUCCUGGCAGCACAGACGCAAGCAAUCAAAAAGUUCGACACGAAGACUUGGCAGAGGGAGCAGAGGAAAAGCGUACGCGUCUUCGACUUAGAAAGCGAAGCAAUGCGAGGAGAUGCAGCGCUGUCAGGUGCGCUUGAGUUUACGGCGGAGACGCUGCAGCUCGAGAAAAUGGAAGGUGUAGAGCUAGACUAGAUGACGAAGUUUGAUGCUAUGGGAAGACUUUUGGACUCAAGGCGGCAGAUGAACUGCUUUUUCCGCUAGUUGUCCCGUAAUCAUGGUUGAUAAUGAGUAUAAGGUUUGGGGCAGUCGAUGCAAAUAGCUUUUGACUAUCACUUGCAUAAGAACGCGCGCGCAGUCCACUUAUAUCGCAACUCGUGUUGGCAUAAUAAGGUGGCACUCGGUGAAGUCCGCUUCUGGUAGUUGGAG